GAACAAUGCAGCGCCGCAGUGUGUACCCGGCGAACUAAAGUGAGGUCGAACAGCUGAAUGUAAACUUAAGUUGACACCACCGAAGGAAGCCAUGUCCAGUAUGAUUGACAGGGCCAUGAGGAUGAAGAUGGAACAGGCGCGUCAAGUGGUCCUGGCAUGGGCUGUCCUUAACGUUUCUCUUGCUGGCAUGAUUUACACUGAAAUGUCUGGGAAACUUCUGAGCCGAUACUAUAAUAUCACCUACUGGCCCAUAUGGUAUAUUGAGCUGGCAUUGGCCUCUGUCUUUUGCCUUAAUGCCUUGUUUGAAUUUUGGAAGUACUUCAAAUACACCAUGGCCCCAUCCACCAUAGCUGUUUCACCUGACCAGCAUCAUCUCCUGGGUUUGAGAAACUCAGGUUUACGGGGCUCUCCACCCCAGAAGCCAGAGAAAGAAGCUCCAGCUCCGGCCCAGUCAUCUCCAAUGCAGGGGCAGAAUGUGCUGAGUUACAGCCCAUCUCGGCCUGCUUCCACAAGCCCCAAGUUCUCCCCCAGCUGUGUGCCUGGGUAUAGUCCCCCACUGAGCAGCCCAUCCUCGCCAGGCAGUGCCGGGGGGUCCUUUUCUCCCUCCUUGGCCUUUGGAAAGGUGUUGAGCUACAGUCCUGGCUCCUCUCCCUAUUCCAACAGCAUCAGCCCAGCAGACGUCUCCUGCCUGAGGGCUCGCUACCGCACCUCCCCCUCUGUCUUUAAUUCCCUUGGAACAAAGGAGGACUACAUGGAGGACCUGAAAACCCUGGAGAGGUUCCUCCAGACUGAGGAGGAGAAGAGCCACCGCAGCCAACUAGGGAGUCCCGAGUCUGCCUCUCCAACUCACAGUCCUACAUUUUGGAACUAUAACCGCUCGGUUGGGGACUAUAGCCAGAGCCUGAGGAAGUUCCUCUACCAGUCUGCCUGCCGUUCUCAGGCCCCCUCAGCCCACAAGGACGAGACCGACAUAGACUUCAAACAGGCUGCCGAAGAGGUCUGGGCCAGAAUCAUCACCAGUCAACCAGUGGUGGACCGCAUAGACAGCUGGACGGCCAAGCUGAGAAAUUGGCUCAGUGAUACCAUCCUGGUCCCUGUGAUGAAAGAGAUAGACUCUGUAAACAGCCAACUCCGGAGGAUGGGCUGUCCUGAGCUCCAGAUUGGAGAGGCCAGUAUAAGCAGCUUAAAGCAGGCAGCGGUGGUGAAAGCCUCAUCCAUUCCCUCCAUGAACGCUAUUGUCCAGUACCUUGACGUCACACCCAACCAGGAGUAUGUAGUGGAGAGGAUAAAGGAGCUGGCGCGUAGCGGCUGCAUGAGCUCCUUCCGCUGGAAUGCCGGUGGAAAUCUGAAGAACAGGAAGUGGGACACCGACCUCCCCACAGACUGUGCUAUCCUCAUGCACGUGUUCUGUACAUACCUGGACUCCAGACUGCCUCCACACCCCAAGUAUCCAGAUGGAAAAACCUUCACCUCGCAACACUUCAGCCAUAUGCCAGAUAAACCUGAUGUGACCAAUGAGAACCUUUUCUGCAUACACCAGAGCAGCAACAACCCUCCUCACUACCAGCUCAUCCAUCACAGCCAUAUCUACAGCCUACCUGAGGGUAGAAACAAUCUCUUCCACACUAUUCUCAUGUUCCUCUACGUCAUAAAGGUCAAAGAGUCAGGGAUGCUGGGGAGAGUAAAUCUUGGUCUGUCUGGUGUGAACAUUCUGUGGAUAUUUGGUAACUGAGGCCGCUCCAGUUCAAGAACACACCAUAGAAGACUCUCUCAAGAAGAUGCAAGUGGGUUUUUUUUUUACGCAUGUGUCAUUAGAUGGUGGAAAGGCUAUUUUCCCUUUUGGCCUGAGACACAUGUUGGAAAGGAAGCAUUUCAGAGUUUCUCGGCAGCGUGAAAUGGCUCAGCAUAUGCACACAGACAGUAUUCUGUCAAUUUUAGUUAGAAAUUUGGAAAUACUCAUUGAAUUGUUUAGAAUACAUGCUUUUGUCACACAACAAUGUGCAUAUAAUAAAAUAGAAGUGUUUUUUUUAACUUGCCUGUUCAGUUUUCUGAAAUUUUUAUUUUGAGAAUGUGCCAGCAUGACAGCCUUGUAAAUAAUAUACCUCAUAAUUAUCUGAUGGUUGGUAAAGGGCUCAGCUUGGCUUGAAUGUAAAUAUCUGUGUACAUGAUAUUUCUUGUUUGAGUUUGAAUAAUCUAUUGCGGGUAAUGCCUUCCAGUCUCAAGCUGUCAAGAUCACAAUGCUUUAGUAUUUCAGCGCAUCUUGUGUUUGUUUCGCCUUGAAUUCCAAACUCUCAAUUAAGUUUGCCCUUUUGCAAUUAUGCAAUUUUUUUGUGAAUUUUAGAUAAGACAUGAAAAUAAAAACGACACAUGGAAAU